AUGAAUUCAAUCUCAGAAUCCUUCAAAAGCAACCCUAUCCACCUCAACCAAAUCAUUCCACUAGAUUUCAAGUCUGUGCUCACAUUACCCGACUCUCACACUUGGACCCUAUCCACGGAUCCCCACCAACCCAUACCCACGGAUCCAUUUGAGUCCGUGCCCAUCAUAGACCUUACCGACCCAAAUGCAGUUUUGCUGAUACGACAUGCAUGUGAGCAAUGGGGUUUGUUUCAAGUCACCAACCAUGGCAUUCCCAUUGACCUCCUUAAACAACUAGAACUUCAAACCAAGCGUUUAUUCUCUCUCCCAUUGGACCAAAAGCUACGUGCCGUUCGAUCCCCAGAGGGCAUCACCGGCUACGGCCUUGCUCGCAUUUCUGCGUUUUUUCCAAAGUUCAUGUGGUCGGAGGGUUUCUCAAUUAUGGGGUCUCCCUUGGAACAUGCUUGCCAACUUUGGCCACAUCACCACAAAAAAUUCUGUAAUGUAAUGGAAGUGUGCCAAAAGGACAUGAAGGACCUAACAGAAAGGAUUCUAGGGCUGAUGCUUGUGUCAUUGGGCUUAACCCGUGAAGAUGUUAAAUGGUUAAAGCCCAAAGAUGGGAAGAAACAACCCCAGGCCCUUCUCCAUUUAAACUCAUACCCAAUCUGUCCGGACCCAAGCCGGGCCAUGGGCAUGGCCCCUCAUACAGACUCAUCAUUGCUCACUUUGCUACACCAAAGCAGCACCACUGGGCUCCAAGUCCUUAGAGACAGUGUUGGGUGGGUGCCUGUGCAUCCUAUCAGGGGUGCACUUGUUGUCAAUAUUGGUGACCUAAUGCACGUACUCUCCAAUGGCCGUUUCAAGAGUGCAUUGCAUCAAGUGGUUGUUAACCAGACACAUCAUCGCAUCUCGGCCGCUUACUUCUAUGGCCCACCAGGGAAUGUGAAAAUAUCACCGUCGAUGAAGUUGAUUGACCACAAACAUCCACCACUCUAUCGCUCGGUGACAUGGAAGGAAUAUCUUGAUGCCAAGGCAAAGCAUUUCAACAAGGCACUUGACUUGAUUAGGAAUGAUGUAUGUAUUGGCAAUUGAUAAAAACUAGUAUGGAUGUUG